GUGUAAACUCUACCUUUAAAGCAGUCUUAAAAAAUAAGAGACAUUUCUUUUCGUGAAUCAUGCUAACGCCACAUAGCAAGGUCAAUAAUUUGUAAUUUAUUUUCAAUAAGUUCUUUGUAUUGAUGUUGCAAGUUCUCUAUGCACACAUGAACUCUACUGCAUGUGUGAACGUUAACCAUGGGUUAUCCAGGAUUAUACCACAGUAGAUUGGAGAGUAGAUAGAACACUCUUGAAUGACCAGAAGUAAGACAGUCUGUAAAUGAGACUCUUAAAUGGACCAACAGUUUAUCCCCAGCAUCAGGCUGUAGAAGGAUAAUGAAUUACACAGUCUUUUACCUAAAUUCCAAAAGACUGUGCAGUUCCAGAUGAACACAUUUUCUACACAAGCCACACCCUCCUGGUACUACCUUAAAAGAAUGGGAAUCUCAGCAAGUGGACUAGACCCUGCACCAGACCUAACAGUUUUUAAAUUUGUAGGACUGUGGUGGACCAUCAUGACUCCUAAUUUCUUCAUUCUCUUCAUUUUUACAUUGACGUCCAUCUUGUCUGUGUCGACUGGUGAAGAAAAUGAAAUAAAUACUGCUGACGUCUCUGACAUUAUUGAACAAGCCAACAAGGACCUAAAAAACUUGGUCCAUGGAGACAUUGUGCCAAAUAAAAACAGGAAUGCUGACCCCUGCACUAAGACUGGCUGCAAAUGGCCUAAAUAUGGAAGCUUUGUCUAUAUUCCUGUGGCAAUCGCUAGCCACUACAGUCACACUCAACGUAAUCUUAUCAUCAGAUCCUUGAUAACGUUUCACCAUCACACAUGCAUUCGCUUUGUCUGGCGUCGCCGUAAUCACCGGGACUUUCUGUACUUCUUCUCUGGAUCUGGGUGCUGGUCCUAUAUUGGCAGACAGGGGGGACAGCAGCCAGUUUCCCUGAGACGUAAUGGUUGCUUGUACAUAUCGACAGCGCAGCAUGAAGUCCUGCAUGCUAUUGGCUUUCACCACGAGCAAAAUCGCUCUGACAGGGAUCGUUAUGUUCAUAUUCUAAUGCAAAAUGUUUGGUCAGGAAUGGAGGGAAACUUUGUGAAAGCAAGCACCCUCAACCUUGGAACGCCGUACGACUUUAACUCUAUCAUGCACUACACCAAGUAUGCCUUCUCCAAAAAUGGCCAACCAACCAUUCUCGCCAAGAGUGAUCCCAAUUUGGAAUUUGGACAUGCCACGUACAUGAGCAAAAAUGACAUAGAUCGUAUCAACCGUUUGUAUGAAUGCUAACUUCAUGACAGAGAAAACAUGGUUUCUGGUUUGAUUUUGGGUGCAAGGUAAAAUCACAGUGAAUGUAACCAUUCUCAGUAUAUUCUGUGAAAAUUGUUUCUUUUUCUCAGUUCAACAGUCAAGUUUAAAAGUUAUUCUCAUGAGAAAAUAAACCAAUAAUUCAACCCUUACACACCUGUGUGUAGACUGCAUGACUGGUCCUGGGUCAUGUAUUCAGGUUUCCUUCAACUGUGUGAAUACCUUUUUAAUUGAAGAGUCAAACAAGACACGCCUUUGCCCCCAAGUCAGCUGUAAGGCAGGAAGGCAUGAUAUAUCUACCAAUUUAGUAAAAGGCUUGGUGAUAUCUUGUAUGUCCACUAUCUCUAUAUUCAUCUGCUGAAUAAACUUCUGGAAAUUCUGACAAAAUGCUUUUAUGGCUGCAAUAGUAUUUGAACCACAAUGUGGAUGCAAAUAUAAUGGGUUGCUGUAAUCCAGCGGUUUUUACGCCACGGACCGGUUAAAUGUCUGAAAUUAUUUUCACGGAACGGCCUUUAUGGUGUGGUGAAUAAAUAAAACUAAAUAAAAUGAUACGACCGGCAUGAAAACUGGUAUUUGCUAAAUAUAAUAAUGAAGGUUAAGCCAUGAAAAACAUAAUGAAGGUGUAUGCAAAUGUUGUAGCAGUGUUCUCGUGACAUCAUGCUUGUGUUUUGAUGCUUUGUCCUUGUGGUCGGGCAUUGUUGAAGGCUUCAUUGCCUCAUUAGAGAGACGUUCGCCGCAUAUUAUGCAGCGCAGGCUCGGUGCAUGGGAACAACCUGUCGCAAUAAAUCCAUAUUUUCAAGUAGGACUCCUGGAAUUGUCUGUUAGAUGCAGCUUUCUUUUUUUGAAGACCUAGGUUCUUCUUCUGUCACCUCACAGACUCUUUUACCCUGCUCUAAGAAACUUUCCAAUGGCGUUUGUUUUCUGUUCCUUUUUCUAGCUUGGUGGUUUCAGUUUAGCUGUACAGUAAUGUAUUAUGUGUUACCGUCAAGAGCAGACCUUUUAACAAGGUAGUGGAUGUAUGUAAGACAUGAGACUGAGAACCAGAAUCAGAUAGUAAAUAAAACGGAAAUAAUGUAAGUUAUGCAUUCUUUCUGUGCGCCGGUACCAAAUGACCCAGGGGUUGGGGACCACCCUUGUAAUCAAGAGCAUUCUAUUGUUUCCCUUAAAUAAAUGUGUCACCUAACUAUGUUAGAUCAAAACGUUCUUCUUAUUACUUUUAUUAGAAUGAUUUUGAGGUAAAAAAAAAAUCAGACCACCAGAGUAGAUAAAGAGCAC